AUGGUCCCUACAUCGUGGAUCAUGAUUCAUCUGAGGGAGUUGUUUAGGUUUCCGGCGAAUCGGUUCAGUGCGAAGCAGGUGGCGGAAAACAUUUACGAAUGGCAAGCAACGCUGAUGGGACCCCUUAGGAGUCCAUAUGAAGGGGGCCUCUUAUUCAUCUCCAUCCAUUUCCCAUCAGAGUACACCUUCAAGCCGCCAAGGGUGUCGUGGAAGACACCGAUUCUGCACUCCAACAUUGACAAACAUCGCGUCUUCCAUCCGCUACUCGUUACCACUACCUUGAGGCCCGAGACGACGGUGAAAGAACUCCUCCAAGCGCUCCAUGACAUGUUGCUUCACCUUAAGGUCGAGGAAGACGACCACUUCCUCGAAGACGUCGCCCGCAUGUGCGUCUUGGAGCCAGAGAGAUUUCAGAAGGAGGCCUGCUUGAUGACUGAGGCACAUGUCAUGAAUUAA